AUGCUUAACGUUCCUGUUUUUCGUUUGUUUAUCUACUCAUGUUGUUUAGUUAGUUAUGUUGCACUUGAGAGAGACUUUAAUAUACCAGCAAUUGCCAAGUACUUCAACACAAAAGGGAGAUAUGAAGAAGUGAAUCCUUACCUGAGAGAGGACAUAUUUGCAGUAAACACAUCCAGUGUGUUGUCUCCAUCUGAUCAGUGUGAAGCACGCUAUCUGACCGCCAUCGUGAGGCAUGGCACAAGGUACCCGACGACCAGAGACAUCCAGGAGAUGCAGAAGCUUUACGGCAUCAUCCUACACAACGCCACAGGUGAGGAGAGCUGGCUGCAGGAGAUCCAGACCCAGUGGAGGAUGUGGUACUCGGAGGACAUGGACGGCCGGCUGGUUCAGAAAGGAGUGGACGACCUGAAACAUCUGGCAGUCCGGCUGUCAAAGACGUUCCCCGGACUGGUUUCCGAGGAGAAGCUCCGAGGGGGUUUCAUCGAGUUCAUCACCAGCUCAAAGCACAGAUGUGUCAACAGCACGCUGGCCUUCAAAGCGGGGCUGACGGGGCUGUGGGGCAUUAAAGAUAUGGAUUUUGCCCUUGAAGUGAAUGACAGUCUCAUGAGGUUUUUUGCCGAGUGCCCCAGGCUGGUGCAGGACGUUGACAAGAGCCCUUCAGCUGUGCAAGAAGUGAACAAGUUCAAGGAAGGGCCAGAGAUGAGGAAGGUCCAGCAGAAGAUUGCAGAUCGUCUUGGUGUCUCGAAUAACCUCAUCACAUACAAUAAGGCUGAAGCUGCAUUUUACUUCUGUGCAUAUGAGUUUGCAAUCAAGGCGGUGAACUCCCCCUGGUGUCAGCUCUUUGAUGAGGACGACGCUAAGGUAAUGGAGUAUGCCAGCGACCUCAGGGAAUUCUGGAAAAGAGGCCACGGCCACGAUAUUAACAGUAAAGCCAGCUGUGGCCUCUUUCAGCAUGUAUUUAGCCAACUGGAUCAGGCAGCCAUGACGAACAGACAGGCCGAUGCGUCGACCCCACUGGCUGCUACAGUCCAGGUUGGCCAUGCGGACACACUGCUGCCGCUGCUCACCCUGCUGGGCUUCUUCAAAGACAGAGAGCCUCUGACAUCAGCCAACUACGCCCAACAUUCCCGCCGCUCCUUCCGCACCAGCCACAUGAUGCCCUACGCUGCGAACUUACUCUUUGUGCUAUACGACUGUGGAAUAGGUGACCCCAAACUGCAGCUCCUGCUCAAUGAGAAGCCCGUCACUUUCCCCGGUCUGACUCAACAGCGGGCCUCCAUGCCACGCUACCAGGACGUCAAAGAUCACUACAACAGUUUGCUCCAAGAUUGCGAUUUUACAGCUGAGUGUCAGUUGAAGGCUCCCACUGAUGCUUAG